AUGAUUCACGACGUGUACCGUGUACGAUUCCGUGUGACGACGCAACUGUUGGGUCUCAAAAACGUCUUUGCAAUUGUCCCGUAUCCUGUCUCGAAACGAGAUUUGUUGUAUUGUAACGAUUACGCCCUUUCACCUCCGUCACACACUCUUAUUCUUCGUUACCUUGUAUUUCAAAUCCCCCUUGUGUUGAAAUUUCGAUCGGCGCCGAAUAACAAAUACCAACCACGUCCAUUAUCGUAA